AUGCCCGAAUUUGCUAAAUUAAAGAACGACUUGAUACUCAGAGCAGCUCUCGGAGAAAAGGUGGAAAGACCACCCAUUUGGAUCAUGAGACAAGCAGGUCGCUACCUUCCAGAGUACCAUGUAGUCAAAGGUGGAAGAGACUUCUUUGAAACCUGUAGAGAUGCUGAAAUUGCUUCCGAAAUCACCAUUCAACCGAUCGACCAUUUCGACGGUUUGAUUGAUGCUGCUAUUAUUUUCAGUGACAUUUUGGUUAUUCCUGAAGCUAUGGGGUUCAAGAUCGAUAUGAUCGACGGUAAGGGACCAGUUUUCCAGGACCCAUUGAGAUCUCCUGCAGAUUUAUCUAGAAUCAAUUUAAAGCCAGACGUCGUAAAGGAGUUAGCCUGGGCUUACAAGUCAAUAACUACCACCAGAAUCAAGUUGGACGGUAGAGUUCCUCUUCUUGGGUUUGUAGGAGCUCCAUGGACACUUUUGGUAUACAUGACUGAAGGACAAGGUUCCAAGAUGUUCAGAUUUGCUAAGCAAUGGUUAUACGAAUACACCAAGGAGGCUCACCAGUUGUUACAGGCUACCACCGAUUGCUGUAUUGAGUUUUUGGCUCAGCAAGUAGUUGCUGGAGCUCAAAUGUUACAGGUUUUCGAAUCAUGGGCUGGAGAAUUGGGACCAUUAGAAUUCGACGAAUUCUGUUUACCGUACUUGCGUCAAAUCGCUGAGAAAUUACCAUUAAGAUUGAAAGAAUUGGGUGUCAAGGAUAGAAUUCCCAUUACUGUCUUCGCCAAGGGUGCCUGGUACGCUUUAGAUAAGUUAUGUGACUCCGGUUACGAUACCGUCUCCUUGGACUGGCUCUACCCUCCAGCUGAUGCCGUUAAGGUUGUAGGCGACAGAAGAAUCACCUUGCAGGGUAAUUUGGAUCCAGGUAUUAUGUACGGAUCAGACGAAGUUAUCAGUGAAAAAGUUAAGAACAUGAUUGCAGGAUUUGGCGGUGGAAAGCAAAACUACAUCAUUAACUUCGGCCAUGGUACUCAUCCGUUUAUGAAGCCUGAAAAGAUUGGCCAUUUCUUGAAAGAGUGCCACAAGUACGGCUCAGCGUAA